CUGUGUUCCCUAAUCGAUUAAAUACUUGUGAUUAAUCGAUUAAUAGUCGAUUUUUGCCUUAUAUCACACCCAGUCUUCGUCUUCUUCGCCAUUCCUUCUUUUCGAAUCAGAGAAACCCUAGCUUCUUCCCCUCUCAAUUUUUCUCAAUCUUCAUCAUAAAAUUCUCAAAUUUCUUCCAUUUUUUUCCAAAUUUCAUCAAUUUCAAAAAGGAAGAAUGCCAAGGUGUAAGAACGCUUCCUCGGGUCAAGAAACGGCGGCAGAGGAGAAUGAGAGGCCAUGGCGUCGUGAAGGGAGCAAGUACAUUCACAUUCAAACGGGUCUCGCCUUCAACACUGGGGCUUCAGUUGAGAGAUUCCACAACAUCUUCCUCACGAAGGAGAUCGUCUCUCCCAAGAUCUUGAACAAGGACCUCUUCAAAUCGGCGACCUAUGCCCCGAGUAAGUCUAUGUUCCUUCAGCAAGGAUUGCUUCGUUUCAUUCAUUUGACGUAUGAAUUUUUCUGUCCAAAUCUUAUACGCCAAUUUUAUGCAAAUCUUCGUACCACUAAGGGAGGUUCGCCAUCUCUCAUUUCCUAUGUUGACGGCAAAACCGUUUUCAUUGACGGUGCCGGUUUGACUUCUUUGUUUGGCCUUCGUCGCGGUGAAAUUACCGAAAACUUGGAUGAAACAUUCCAAGAUGAGGCAAUAUGGCGACAACUCAGGUUAGAUCAUCGUGACCUCAAGUUUAGAAACUCUAGCAACCCGAGUGUCAUUAAUCUCACUUUAAUUCAACGCGUCCAACAAUACAUUUUCUCAUAUGUUUUGUUGCCCCGUGAUUCGAACCAUGGCGUUGUCAACAAGGACGAUAUUCGUUUGUUUCACGUCCUGUUGAACGAUGUCAAAUUUGAUUGGGUUCACUUCUUUAUCGUUGCACUUAGCGAUGGCACUCGCUUUUCCCAUCUUCGUUUUGCCAUCCCCAUUAUGCAUAUCCUUGCUCAUUGCAAAAUAGACCUUACUCGGGACACUCAGGUGCCGGUCAAGAAGACGUGUUUCAUCACUGAAGCCAAGUUUUCCCGGAUCGUGUAUCGAGAGGAGGGCGAUGCUGCACCAAAUCUGGACUUGAUCGUCGCCGAAGAAGAAGAAGAAAGCCAAAACGAGAAUCAAGCUGAGUCAUCUCAAGCCAGAGGUAGUCGAGCCACGGAGCGCGUCACUCGUCAACGGAGGACUCGUCCGAGAGAAGAAGCACCGGAACCAUCUUGGGUGAAGAAGAUCUUCGAUACUCUCACGUGCAUCCGAGAUGACGUUCGCCAGCUCAACGAGAGGAUGACUCGUCUUGAGCAAUCUCGCUCCUACCGUGGCCCGCGUCACAGCUUCAGCGGAGGAGCUCGUCCGGCGAACUCUCUUUGAUUAUUUUCUCUUCUAUCUUAACUUUUUAUGAUACAUUGUUAUUU